AUGUUGGAGUUCAUUGGUUUUAUAGAGGAGAUGGAGGUGGUGGACCUUCAAACAAUAGGAGGAAAAUUCACUUGGUUUAAUAGCAUUGGCAAAGCUAUGAGUCGGAUCGAUAGAUUCCUUCUAUCAAAAGAUUUUAUAGAAGAUUGGAAGUUGGAAGGACAAAUUAUUGGAGAAAGGGACAUUUCCGAUCAUGCUUCGAUUUGGUUGAAAGAUAAUAGAAAGAAUUGGGGACCUAAACCUUUUAAAUUCAACAACUCUUGGUUCAAUCAUGAAGAUUUCUCCUCUUUUGUGAAGAAGGAGUGGGCAACCAUAAGUAAAAAGGGGAGAGGUGAUUUUUGCUUGGUAGAGAAGUUGAAAGUUCUCAAGGAGCGGAUAUCUUCGUGGAACAAAGAGGUUUAUGGUUGGAUUGACCUUAACAUCGAGAAAGUCGGGGAGGAGAUGCAACUUUUAGAUAACUUGUUUGUUUAUUUUGCAGGUAAUGUUCCAGAGGAGGUGGUUUUGAAGAGAUCAAAGGCGAUGACGGAUUUUUGGGAUAAUCCUAACAAAAAGGAAAGUAUUCUCCGGCUUAAAUCUAGACAACUUUGGUUAUUCGAAGGAGAUGGUAAUACCCGCUUUUUUCAUAAUUAUAUGAGGGAGAGAAGGAGGAUAAACUCUUUGUGUUCUAUAGGCUCAAAUAAGGGCAUAUUGGAAGAAUUUAGCGAUGUUAAAGACUUCAUUUAUGCUCAUUUCAAAUAUUUAUUUAAGGAGGAAGUUGGUUGUAGGCCAGAGCUUAAUGGGAUUAGUCUGAAUUCUUUGCUGCCAAAUGAAUCAAUGGAAAUGGAGAGGCCGUUUUCGGAGGAAGAAGUUAAGGAGGCUAUUUGGUCGUUUGACGGAACAAAAGUCCAGGCCCAGACAGUUUCACUCUUGAGUUCUUCAAGAGAUUUUGGUCUUUUCUAA